AUGGCUGCGAAGAGCUCUGCAAUGCUUGCCUUCUUCCUCUCACUCAACCUCCUCUUCUUUUCCCUGUCUAGUGCUUCGACCUUGCCUAAGCCUAUCCCAAUCCCUUUGGUUGGCAGCCCUAGUGGCAGCCCUUCAGGUGACACUUGCCCUAUUGAUACCCUAAAGCUAGGCGUCUGUGCCAACCUGCUGGGCGGCCUCAUUAACGUUACGAUGGGGACCCCUCCAAAUCAACCAUGCUGCUCUCUCAUCCAGGGGCUCCUUGACCUAGAGGCUGCCGUUUGCCUCUGCACUGCGAUCAAAGCGAACGUGCUUGGUAUCAAUCUCAAUGUCCAGGUCUCUCUCAGCUUGCUCCUCAACGAUUGCGGGAAGAGUCUCCCUGUGGGUUUCCAAUGUGCUUAAGCAGUAAAUGCGUAGUAAGGCUUUAAAGGAUGAAUAAAAUAUUGUGCGUCACAAAUUGAAGCGGGUUUAAUAAGCUUGGUUUUCCCAAGUCAACAGUGCUUUUGUCUGAGUAUAUUGUGUGGUGUUGGUCAUAGUCUAUUCAGUAAAUAAAACUUCGUCGGAACACGAUGUGAUAGUGUCAUUUGCAAUUACGACUGUAAAAGAUAAAGUGGUCGU